AUGAACUCUCAAGGCCAGAACGAUGUGUCGCCCGAGGCGAUGCAGGCGCGCAUCCAGCAGGCGCGACGCGAGGCUGAGACACUCAAGGACAGGAUCAAGCGGAAGAAGGAUGAGCUCGCCGAUACUACUCUCCGCACCGUCGCCCAGCAGGCCCACGAGCCGAUCCCAAAGAACCAGCUGAUGAAGGCUAAGCGCACGCUCAAGGGUCACUUGGCCAAGAUUUACGCCAUGCAUUGGUCUACCGAUAGAAGACAUCUUGUCUCCGCCUCGCAGGAUGGCAAGCUCAUCAUUUGGGAUGCCUACACGACGAACAAGGUCCACGCCAUUCCCCUCAGAUCAUCCUGGGUCAUGACCUGUGCCUACGCCCCAAGCGGUAACUACGUCGCUUGCGGUGGUCUCGACAAUAUUUGCUCCAUUUACAACCUCAACCAGCAGAGAGAGGGUCCCACCCGCGUCGCAAGGGAGUUGUCUGGCCAUGCCGGUUAUCUCUCAUGCUGUCGCUUCAUCAACGACCGCAGCAUCCUCACCUCUUCUGGUGACAUGACAUGUAUGAAGUGGGAUAUCGAGACAGGCCAAAAGGUUAUCGAGUUCGCCGACCACUUGGGCGAUGUAAUGAGCAUCAGUCUCAACCCCACCAACUCCAACACAUUCAUCUCGGGUGCCUGCGACGCUUUCGCCAAGCUGUGGGAUAUCCGUGCCGGAAAGGCCGUUCAGACGUUUGCCGGCCACGAGUCCGACAUCAACGCCAUCCAAUUCUUCCCCGACGGCCACUCCUUCGUCACCGGCUCCGAUGACGCUACCUGCCGCCUCUUUGAUAUUCGUGCUGACCGCGAAUUGAACCUUUACGGCUCCGAAUCUAUUCUCUGCGGCAUCACCUCCGUAGCGACCUCAGUCUCUGGACGCUUAUUGUUUGCUGGCUAUGACGACUUUGAAUGCAAGGUCUGGGAUGUGACUCGCGGAGAAAAGGUCGGCUCUCUCGUCGGCCACGAGAACAGAGUUAGCUGCUUGGGCGUUAGCAACGACGGCAUCAGCUUGUGCACAGGAUCAUGGGAUUCACUUGACGAAGUCACGACAUACCUGCUCAUACCAAAGCUCACUUUUCUCAUCGUCUACCACUCCAGCUGGAGCCGCUCUUUCGCCGGCACGGGCGGCUGUAGGAACUAA